AUGAUAUGUGAUGUUGCUGCUGCUGGAGAGAGCAGGUAGGUAUGCAAUAAGCCGACUUGAAGCGGGCGACUAGUCAUUGGUUUGGAUAAGGAAAAGGGCAGCAAGCAGCUCGAGGCGGAGAUAGAGCGGCACGGCCGUUCGAGGUGACCGUGCGCAAAAAAGUGCAACGAGGUCGGAGGUGGGUAGGAUGAGCAACUCAGCAUAAUCCAUAUCGCGUGCCUUUUCCUUCUCUCUGCCCUUGCUCUCGGUCGCAAAUCUCCUCCUUGUUUGAUCUCGUUCGUUUCCAGUCCAUUCAUUCGACCGAGUCUCUGCACUCAGUCAAGCCGCCACAAUGGUCAACAUUCCCAGCCCAACCCUCCCGUCCAAGGAGUACAAGAAGGAGUCUACCACUGCUAGAGUCCUCGGUGCUGGUUCCGCCGGUAUCUCCGAGCUCGCCGUCUUCCACCCCGUCGACACGAUUGCCAAACGUCUCAUGAGCAACCAGGGCAAGAUUGCCAAUGUCGCCCAGUUCAACACGGUCAUUUUCAAGGACAAGGCCACCGCUCCCUUUGGCACCCGCUUCUUCUCCCUGUUCCCCGGUCUCGGCUAUGCCGCCGCCUACAAGGUCAUGCAGCGCGUCUACAAGUACGGUGGUCAGCCCUUCAUGCGCGACUACCUGGACAAGAACCACCGCAGUGUAUUCGACAACACCUUCGGCAAGAGCAACGGCAAGGCCAUCAUGCACGCCACUGCUGGCAGUUUGAUCGGUAUUGGUGAAAUUGUCAUUCUCCCGCUCGAUGUCCUCAAGAUCAAGCGUCAAACAAACCCCGAGGCUUUCCGUGGCCGUGGUCUCUUCAAGAUUAUCGCCGAUGAAGGUUUCGGUCUCUACAGAGGUUGGGGCUGGACUGCCGCCCGUAACGCUCCCGGUUCUUUCGCUCUCUUCGGUGGUAGUGCUGCUGCCAAGGAAUACUUCUACAAGCUCUCCGACUACAACAGCGCCACCUGGUUCCAGAACUUUGUCGCAUCUAUCGCCGGUGCUUCUGCUUCCCUGGUUGUCUCUGCCCCCCUCGAUGUCGUCAAGACCCGUAUCCAGAACCGCAACUUCGAGGCCAAGGAGUCUGGUUUCCGCAUCAUCUCAAACAUGGCCAAGCACGAGGGUCUGUCUUCCUUCUUCAAGGGUCUUACUCCCAAGCUCCUGAUGACUGGUCCCAAGCUCGUUUUCAGUUUCUGGCUGGCUCAGACUCUUAUUCCUGCUUUCAACAAGAUGCUCUAAACGGUAUAAAAUGCCAUGAUGCAAGUGUUAUGCGAUAUUUACCGUCUGAGUGGAGAGGCGGAGAGCGAUUUCUUUUAAUAGCUGCAUCGCAAUGCAGGGGGGCAGUCGGAGCGGGUUGUACAUGUUGUGGAUGUUUAUGGGAUUUUGCAAAACGGCCAGCAAUGCUUUGAAUUGUAAUAUAGAAAAAGGCACGGCGCAUGAUGGAAAU